AUGUCUGAUGUACAUCAGAAUGACGAUAAUUCUCAUCCCAAUUCCAAUUCAUCAAGCCUCAGAGAGACAUCAGACCAAUCUGCCAACAACCAGAUUCACACAUCAGAGCAAGUCCCCACCCAAGGGGAUGGUACUGAGCCAGAAGGGGCUUAUGGUUCCAACACCCUCAAGGACUUUACCCAGGAGGACGAGUUAAGCGAUGUAACCUUACUUAUAGAGGGGAGAGAACUCCAUGUGCAUCGCCAAUACCUUGCUGAAUGGUCUCCAGUAUGGAGGAGAAUGUUUUUAGGUGGAUUUCUAGAGCAGCAUGCUCGUCAGAUACCACUUCCAGGCAAACGUAUCACAGAAGUCACCGAACUGCUCCACUGUAUUUAUUCUUCACAGAAACCCAUAUCAGAUGAGAAUGUGAGAUUCUUGUUGGAACUUGCCGAGGAGUACCAGAUAGAUAGGAUCAAACACCGCUGUGAAAAAUUUCUCCUCACACAACAAAGCAACCUUGAGGCACUUUACCUUGCCCAAAAGUUUCAGCUACGGACAUUGUACCGUCGCUGUGUCAAUUUCUCAAAGACAAAAUCUGUAAGUGACCUUGAGCGUAACCCUUACUACACUAAACUUAAUGCAGACACGAAAGUAGAUGUUCUAAAAGCCAAGACAGAUAUGUUGAAUGAUCAUGCCAACAGUCUGGCAAAUCGAGAGACAUCACUGAGUCGUAGAUGCGACCUGCUGACAAUGGAGCGUGACAAUAUGAAAGCGAGUCUACAAGCGAUUCACGGCAUCUGGGCUGUGCCCAACAAACGGUGUUACAAGCAUGUCACAAACAAAGAUUUUAACUUCUCCUGUCUGGACUGUAAUGAGAACAUGUACCGAGAGAUCCGUGCCCUGUGUGGGAGAGGUCAACAUCUUAGACGCUAUUUUCCUCCUAAAUAA